CCCGUCCUUUUCCAUCCGUACUGGACACGAAGUGGAAAAAUCCUGGCAAUGUAUGGCUGACAGAGAAGAUUGCCCAGAUAUUUACUUGUUUUCUUGUAUUUAAGAAGAAAUUUGUAUUUUUUGUAUUUUUUUUUUGUUUUUUGCCUUUGUGCGAAGUAAGCCGAAUCUUGACUUUGUGCGUUGAAUGUCUCUCCAUUGCUUAAAUAUUAUAUUCUGCCAUUAUCACAUAAACGGGAUGGCUUUAGAAAAGGCAUAACCUAUAUGCUGUAGAGCUACCAUUGCAGAAUUAAAAAAUCUGAAGAUCAAUCCGAGCAGAUGUGUCGUGCGUAAAAGCAGUGGCACUGAUGCGCAGCGCACCACUCGGCUUGCUUUGUAAUUGCGAAAUUUGACAAAAAAUAUGCGUGUUAAUUAACAGCGUUAAUAUGGCUCACCUAAAGCUUUUCCAAAUGCAACUUCUCAUGUGAGGUUUGAGUCUCUUUAGUUCAAACGGAGUUAAAUUUGAGUCAAAGCAGACACUUACACGGGCUCAACCUGUUUUUAUUGAGUUUACAAAAGAAAAGAAAACAGCUGCAACACUUCACUGUUGCAGCAGUGUUAAUUGUUGUUUGCCAUGAAAUAGGUACCGUAUAGGCAUUUUUUUAUUCAGGGGAGUCACAUCUGAAUGUGGGCUGUACACAAUGGACCAUCUGGACCCGUACUGGUAUCCACUCCCUCCAGAACUCAACUCCUCAGGAGCCACUGGCUCACCCUUCUUCUUUCCUUACCCUCGCCUCCUAAACAUCUCCUCUAACGUGUCCACGCAGAGUGUACCCUUUCAGGGCAGCAGCACCCUGGUAACUGCUAUCAUCUCCUUCACUGUCUUCUUGGUGGGUCUGACCGGCAACACGCUGGCCAUUUACGUGGUGCUGCGCUACGCCAAGAUGAAGACGGUCACUAACAUUUACAUCCUGAACCUGGCUGUUGCCGACGAGCUGUACAUCAUCGGGCUCCCUUUCCUCACCACUCAAAAUGUUCUGUCGUACUGGCCCUUUGGAUCGUUCCUCUGUCGUGUGGUAAUGACUGCAGACUCCAUGAACCAGUUCACAUCCAUCUUCUGCCUCACGGUCAUGUCCAUGGACCGUUACCUGGCUGUGGUCCAUCCGAUCCGCAGCACCAAAUGGAGACACCCUCGGGUGGCCAAGGUGGUGAGCGCAGCGGUGUGGGGGGUGUCCUUUAUCGUGGUCCUGCCAGUGGUCAUCUUCUCUGAUGUGCAGGAAAAAUUUAACUCCUGUAAUAUGAUCUGGCCGGAGCCAAAGGAUGUGUGGUCAACAGCCUUCAUUAUAUACACUGCAACAGUUGGUUUCUUUGGACCACUGCUCAUCAUUUGCCUGUGUUACCUUCUUAUUGUUAUUAAGGUGAAGUCCUCUGGUGCCAGGGUAGGCUUCAAUAACCGCCGUCGUUCAGAGCGGAAGGUGACACGGAUGGUUGUGGUCAUCGUGGUGGUGUUCGUGCUCUGCUGGCUGCCGUUCUUCAUCAUCAACAUGGUCAACCUGGUGGUCAUCAUCCCUGAGUCCAGUGCCACUGCUGGGAUCUACUUCUUUGCUGUCAUCCUGUCCUACGCCAACUCCUGUGCAAACCCACUGCUCUACGGCUUUUUGUCAGAUAACUUUAAACAAAGCUUCAGAAAGGUGCUUUGUGUUAGGUGUAUGAGGUGUGCUGCCAAUGGGGUUGAUGAUGGAGACCCCAGUGCUCCACGCACAGAGAAAACUACAGCGCAGGACUGCAUCCUGCUCUCCCCCCGUAAUGAGGUCUACCACGACCCCCCGAGCAGCCAGAUCUCCCCCCACCCCACUGACUCUAUUGACCCUCAUGCUGCUGCCAACCUGAACCGCUCCAUCCCUAAAUACCAGCUUUCCUCCACGUGCCCAGGAACCGCCACCAUAGCCGUAAACUCCAUGAUAACUCCUGAGACAACUGCGCCUGAACCUCCCACCAUAACAGUCCUGACCGCUGCCUCCUCCUCCUCAGCUUCCAUAGCUCCAAAGGAACAGCAGUGAACAGACUCUGGAUCUUAGAGUGUGUUUGUAGAAGUGAAACAGACAGGCUGGACUAACUGAUUAAAAUAUAAAACCUAAAUAUUCAAAUACAGCAUUUGUGCCCCUCCCUGCAUGACACUAACUCUUGACGAUAUUUUGUAACAAAGCCCAACUCUUUAUCAAGCAUCACUCUGACAUAAGUGCCUUUUCAUCAGCCCCUUCAGCAGUUACUUCAAUUUCUAAAGGAAGCCAGAAACAUUAAUAUGAUUUUCUUUUCUUUGUUUCAAGGACUCCUGGAGCACGUAACCAUGUGUACUAGAACCAAAAGCCUUUGCAUUUAGAAAACACAACCCAUACAAUUUAUUUUAUAUAACCAACAUUAGUGGUUAAAUUUGGACUUAAUGAAACAUUUUUAUUUUAUGCUGGCACAGAUUUCUAGUUACCUACUAUACAAUUAUAGAGAGUAAGAUGCAUUCAUCAUGCGCAUGAAUGUCAUAUUUAGUUUGGGCUUUAAAUUAUUUUUUUUAUCUGCUCAGAGUUAACAUGUACAUAAUAUAGAUGCAGAAUAAAUAUAUACAUACACCACCAUUUAUAUUUAGAUUACUGUCUCUGAGCAAAUUGCACCUUAGGCACUCACCUUUUUGUAGCCAAGAAUGAGGUUUUUGAAUAGAAAUUCUGGAGCAUAUUUAAAUUGGUUGGUUUCCUCGAACAGACUUGACAUUUAUGCAAAAUCCACAUGUGUUGGGAUCAUUGUCAUUUUAGAACACCUUCUUGUGUCAAAGUUUUUAUUUCACCCAAACUCUCACCUUCAGAGGAGAAGAAAUUGGUUGGGAUAUUCAAGCCUAUCUAUAAGAGGAAAACUGCUGAACCACCAGUUUUACUGUCCAUAUUACAGCAUGUUCAACAUAAAUGUGAACUAUUAGGCUGCUGACUUCGAAAGAAACAUCUGCACCAACAUCUACACCUUCAUGCUUGACUAAAAGUGGCACCAGUCCACAUGGACAAACCGAUGAAUACUGGAUUUAAUAACAGACUACAUUGACAAGGAGGGAUCAGUGUGAGCUUUCAAAACCUUGAACACUGUAACAAUCAAACAAAUGUAGCAACCCAAGAACCUCCAAGGCUCAAGCCCGUCCUGAACUGUAACCUCCUGCAACCCCAGUGUCACUGUCCACGGUUGAAUUGAGUUUAACAUCAACAUGGAAUGGCAGGGUGCUGACCAAGAGGUGCCUGCUUCAAAAACAACCUCUCAACUCUAAGUGCCAAAGAAGAAUGUUUGGAGGAGUCAAUGUGAAGUUUUCAAACCUGAGAACACUGCACCACCUGUCAAGCAUCAUGCCAUGGGACCGCUUUGCACCAAUAGUUCUGGUGCUUUGAAGAAAGUAGGUGAAAUAAUGAAGUAGAACUACCUCCAGAUUCUUUAACAUCAAACCAGCAUCAGACGUCUUGAAACUUGGACACAAUUGGAUGUUCCAACAGGACAGUGAUCCCAAACACUCCUCAAAACAGGCAAAACAUUUAUUCCUUGCAAUUGCCUUUCCAAAAGCUCUCCAUCUACCCUAUUAAAAAAGAAUGAACCGAGCUAAAAAGGAAUGAACCGAGCUGAAAUGUCACAUUUAUACCAGGAAAAUUAACCAUUAAAAAUUAGCUUUAUCAUUUCUGAUUAAAACAGUGGACCAAUAUAUAGCCAGAAUUAUGCCAGAAGCUGGUUGAAGCCUACAAAUAUUGACUUCCCUGCGAGUACACACUGAACACUCAUCAUGACCACACAGCUACUGUGCCUCAUGAGGGGAACACAGACACGAUUUUUCAGACCAACUAAAGCCAACUGAAAGUAUCCAAUGGCUGCAAGGUUAACAAUACUUUACCUACUUCUAGUCCGCCUCUGACAAUAUUUCCUGUCCUGCAGGACUUUUUCAAUGACUGUUGACAGCACAUUUGCAGUUGGAUCAAUAAUCUGUUCACACUUCCUAAGUCAUUUCCAGAGAUUCAAAGACGUUUGAGUGUGACUGAGCUCGGGUAGGAUUUGGUUGGCUCACACAGUUGCAUUUGUGUCCCAAUUUAGCAGAAAAUAGCUUCAACCAAAUGUAAGCGGGGAUUGAUGCACAGUGGUUCUCAAAUGUUUACACACCCCUGUUAUAAUUCCUGGAUUUUAAGACUAUUUAUUUCCACCUUUAAUGUGACACAUAUCCUGUGCAAUUCCACGGGAAACAGACAAAUAUGAUAAGAGAAAAAUGCAAAACAGAAGUACUACAAUAACCUGAUAGUAUUGGUGUGAACACCCAUAAAUUAAUACUUUACCUUUUGAUUCGGUUUCUACAUUCAGUCUUUUUUGCUGGAAGUCUGUCAGGAACAACAUCUUGACUUAACAAAAUCAGUCCACUCUACCUUUCAACAAAUGUUCUCGGAGUUUCUUAGAUUAUAAGGACAUCUCUUGUCCACAACCUUCUUCAGGUGACAUCAUAGAUUCCUGUCAGACGCAGGAACUCAAAAGGUUCAUUCAAAAUAAUGCCACAACGAAAAGUAACCCUAGACCAUAUUUCAUUGUGGGAAAGGUGUUGUUUUGAUAAUGAACUGUGUUGUUUAUGAGUCAGUGUUACUGUCUGCCUCUUGGAAACUUCCCUGACCAGUUCCAGUCUUAAAUUAAUAUUAGUUAUGGAGAAAAAUCAAGUUAUAAUAAUGUCACCUUGUUGGCAAAGUAUGAGUUAAUUUUAAAGAUGCAAAUGAAUGAACGUAAAACAAAUCCUAUGAGGACAGCUGAACUUUAUUUCUGGUUAAUCAGAUUUAUUAUAACUAAUGAGAGGUGUGAACUCAAGAAGACUGAAUGCUAAAACCGAAUCAAAAGGUGUUUCAGCAAAGUAUCACUUUAACUACACUCAUGCAACCAGGUUAUUUGUGGGGUUUUCAGUUCAACAGUACUUGAUAUAUCUUGCAUUAAAGUUAAAAACAGCUGUGAAAUGAUUUAUAUCAAUUUUGUUUUACUUGACAAGACCUAAAAUAUUCACUGUAAGUAUUGUUUUUAAACCUGUGUAUAUAAUUUUGAGCCUGUGUGAGUUAGAGAGGAAUCAGAAUCAGCUUUAUUGGCCAAGUUUGUGCACACAAACAAGGAACUUGACUACAGUUCCACUUCACACUCAAUGUACAGACAAUUAAAAUAUAUAUUUAGAUGAAAAUAGUAUUUUUGAAUGUAAAUGUUAGUACUGGGCAACGAUAAAAUAUUUUAAUCAUGAUUAAUCUCAUCAUGUUUUUACAAUUACUUGAGAUUAAUCUCAUUAUUUUGCACAUAAUUCAAUAAUUGAUUUAAAAGUGUUGAUCAAAUUUUAAAGAACUGUUCAAUGAAAAAAAAGUGCGAUAACAUUUUUUUGUAAACACUUUAAACAAAUAAAGUACUUUUUUAACAGUCGUAUUCCCUUAAACUCCCUUCAACUGAGUCUCGACUCAAUGAACAUAAUCAAAUCAAAUUAAGUACAAUCCCAAAGCCAUUUGCCACUGCCAGAUCAAUAAUGUUUUAUAUAGUUUGUAAGGACAAAAAGUAACCCUCCGUCCAAAGACAUAACUGUAACAGGUAUUUUUCAGUCAACAACAAAUUUUACUCCUUUUUUUGCUGACUUUGAACAGAAACACUGAAACAGAAAUAGAAAUAAGGGAGCAUCAGUAACAACUGAGCCUGUAAUCAACCAAGCCUCUCUUGUCUUUGUUGAUUUAUUCUUCUCCCACGCAUCUGUCUUAGUCUGCAGAAGCCUCCCGCCACUGUCUGACACCAUGGGUGAUCUGCUAGCAUGAAUUUAAGUGAUACUCCAGACUCAAACUACUGCGAUGAUAAUACAACUCACAGUUGCAAGGCUUACAAAUAACUUUGCUUCCAUUCAGCUCACUGUCAGGAAAAGAUUUAAAAUGAAAAUGCCCAUGGAAAAGUCUGGUACUUUUCUUAAUUUUUCUGUCCUCGCUCAUUUUUUUCUAUUGUAGAUGAGCCUUAAAAUACAAAGGCUGCCAUUGGUUGAGACACGCGAUGCGCAUCCAAAGCCAAUACUGAUCAACAUCCCUUUAUACUGUAUAUACUGUAUUCAAUAUAUACUUCAAACAUAAAGAUAUAAAAUUCUAAUUUUUAGUGAAGAAUCA